AUGGGCAAUAAAAAUGUGGGUAAAUCUACCCUGCUGGAGGCUUACCUUUGGAAAUUGAAAUAUGGCUGUGCGUAUCAUGAUCACACCGUCGAGGAAGUUCGCUAUCUAAUUGAUGCCAUCGAAAUCGAAACCAUCGAGGAAUUGCGACUACAUCUGAUCGAACACAUCGAAAUGAAAAAUAUUUAUUUUGUUUGUUUCAAUGUCAACGAUAGAAAAACAUUGCAAACAGCUCGUAAUGACUGGAUAUUGGAACUGUUGAAACACAAUCCCAAACUAAGAAUAUUUCUUGUGGGCCUACAGUGUGAUUUGCGUGAGCAACUUCUGGUGAAAUUAACUCACGACUAUGUGAGUCACAGUGAUGGUGUAACAAUUUCACGUUACUACGAAAAAGUUCACUAUUUGGAGUGUUCGAGUAAUAAACCGGACAGUGUACAAGAUUUGUUUGAUAAAGCCAUUAAAAUUGUGCUGUAUGAAGAUGAUGCCAGUGGCAAUGAAAAGAAGAUUAUAGAGUUUUAUGAACAAAUACAAAUAAAUUUUAAAUUUAAGAAAUGUAAUUGUGAAACUAAAUGCGAUGAAUGUGAGUAG